AUGCUAAAAAUUCUUAUCCCAACAAUCAUACUCUUUCCAACCACAUGAAUUAUUAACAAAAAAUGACUAUGACCCAUAACUACCUCCUAUAGCCUUCUAAUCGCAUUAUUAAGUUUAGUCUGAUUCAAAUGAAACACAGACAUCGGAUGAGACUUUUCCAAUCAAUUUAUGGCUAUUGAUCCCUUAUCAGCCCCUCUACUCAUUCUCACCUGCUGACUUCUCCCACUAAUAAUUUUGGCCAGCCAAAAUCAUAUCUCCACAGAGCCAGAAACCCGACAACGAAUAUACCUUUCCCUACUCAUUUCUCUCCAAACUUUCCUUAUUAUAGCUUUUUCUGCAACCGAAAUAAUUAUAUUUUACAUUAUAUUUGAAGCUACACUUAUCCCUACCCUCAUUAUUAUUACACGAUGAGGAAAUCAAACAGAACGCCUAAAUGCAGGAACUUACUUCCUAUUCUACACCUUAAUUGGUUCCCUCCCCCUUCUUAUUGCCCUCCUACUAAUACAAAACAACCUAGGCACUCUGUCCAUACUUAUUAUACAACACACACAACCCAUGACCCUAACCUCAUGAGCAGACAAACUAUGGUGAGUGGCCUGCCUCUUCGCCUUUCUUGUUAAAAUACCCCUAUAUGGAAUACACCUUUGAUUACCCAAAGCCCACGUCGAGGCUCCAAUUGCCGGUUCAAUAAUCUUAGCUGCCGUAUUACUUAAACUAGGAGGCUAUGGCAUAAUACGAAUUAUUGUAAUGCUAAAUCCCCUCACUAAAGAAAUAGCCUACCCCUUCCUAAUUCUGGCCAUCUGAGGAAUUAUCAUAACCAGCUCUAUUUGUCUACGACAGACUGACCUCAAAUCUCUAAUCGCUUAUUCAUCCGUAAGCCACAUAGGCCUGGUAGCAGGAGCAAUCCUAAUCCAAACACCAUGAAGCUUUGCAGGAGCAAUUACACUAAUAAUUGCCCACGGCCUGAUUUCAUCCGCCCUAUUCUGCUUAGCCAACACUAACUACGAGCGAGUCCACAGCCGAACAAUACUCCUAGCCCGAGGCAUACAAAUUAUUUUUCCACUAAUAGCUACCUGAUGAUUCCUUGCCAUCCUAGCCAACCUUGCCCUUCCCCCCUCUCCCAAUUUUAUAGGAGAACUCCUUAUUAUUACCUCCUUAUUUAACUGAUCCAACUGAACUAUUACCCUCUCGGGCCUUGGAGUAUUAAUCACCGCUUCCUACUCCCUUUAUAUAUUCCUAAUAAUUCAACGCGGACCAACCCCCUACCAUAUCUUAUCAUUAAAUCCAAGCCACACACGAGAACACCUCCUCCUGAGCCUCCACCUCAUGCCCGUCCUACUUCUAAUAUUUAAACCAGAACUUAUCUGAGGCUGAACACUCU